AUUUUACUAGGCAUCGAUGUACCGCAAAUUCAUGGCAUUUGAUGCAGAGGCAGCUGCUUACUGAUGGUUAUUCAAAAAAGUGUUGCCUGAUCAAAUUUUUAUUGUAAGAUCAUAACAUGUUGGUCUUCUGUGAUAUUUUUGACUUCAGAGUAUUUGCAUUUGCCUGUCUACUGGCAUUUUUGCCAAACAAUUUAGCAAACGAUGCAAAUGAAGGAGCGGUAUCCCUUACUCAACAAAAUAUCGAUAUGACGCUUGCGUCAAAUGAAUUGGUAUUUAUAAAUUUUUAUGCACAAUGGUGCCGUUUUAGUAAUUCAUUAGCCCCUAUUUUUGAAGAAGCUGCAACUAAAAUAAGAAGUGCAUUUCCUGAACCAGGAAGAGUUGUAAUGGCAAAAGUUGAUUGUGAAAAGGAAUCUUCUAUUGCAUCGAGAUUUCACAUCACCAAAUAUCCAACUUUAAAAGUGAUAAGAAAUGGUCAACCAACCAAACGAGAAUAUAGAGGUCAACGAUCUGUAGAAGCAUUUGAGGAAUUUAUAAAGAAACAACUGGAGGAUCCUAUUAAGGAAUUUUAUAAUUUAAAGGAAUUAACUAAUUUAGAUGAUAAAAAGAGAAUGAUCAUUGGAUAUUUUGAUAGGAAGGAUGUUCCUGAAUAUGAAAUGUUUAGGAGAGUGGCCACUAAUCUUAAGGAUGACUGCCAAUUCCAUGUUGGCUUUGGACAAUGCUCAGCUCAAAACUGUGAAAUUGGGGAACAUUUUCACUUUCUGAAUGCAAGUAAAGCUAUGCACCCUCCAGGAGAACCCAUAAUUGUCUUCCGUUCUGAUAAAGCACUUUCUAAUGAUGAGGAUGAAACGUACCAUGGAAGUUUGAACAACUUUGAUGAACUAAACGUUUGGGCACAAGAAAAAUGUGUUCCCCUCGUGAGGGAAAUUACAUUUGAAAAUGCUGAGGAAUUAACAGAGGAAGGUUUACCUUUUCUUAUAUUGUUUCAUGCUCCUCAUGAUAUUGAGAGCGUUAAAAUGUAUAAAGAUGUAGUGACAAGGACAUUAAUCGAUGAAAAACAGAAUAUAAAUUUCUUAACUGCAGAUGGUGUAAAGUUUGCCCAUCCUCUCCAUCAUUUAGGAAAGACUCCAGCAGAUUUGCCUCUAAUUGCCAUAGAUAGUUUUAGACACAUGUACCUGUUUCCAAACUUCCACGAUAUUCACAUAGAAGGAAAAUUGAAAGGUUUCCUGCGGGACUUAUAUUCAGGAAAGUUACAUAGGGAGUUUCAUUAUGGGCCUGAUCCUAGCAGUAAUGAGGUACCGCAAAUUGUUGGACAAAUUAAGGUGCCUACAACCCCACCGGAAUCUACAUUUAAGAAACUAGCACCUAGCAAAAACAGGUAUACAUUACUCAAGGAUGAACUAUAAUGAUAAAGUUAAGAUAACUCAGGAUAAAAGUGAUCUAAAAAAAGAUUUGUAUGAUUUUGGUUAUGCAAUCUGUUAGUUAUUUAGUUAUUUACAAUGAUGAAAUCCAAAAUUCGUUACAUUAUCAAACUGAAAUGUUAAAAUGUUAUAGUCGUGAUAACAUUUUGUAAAUGAUUAUGCAGUAUUGUCAAAAAAAAUUAAUUGCUUAUUUAGUGUGUUUAAAUAGAAAGAAAGGAACAUUCGCGGUCAAUAUGCUGAUAAUUUAUAUAAAAGUAUAUAAUUUCAACGUAAAGUAUUCAGAUCUCUACCAAAUGUUAUAUACAUCUAAACCCUAACCUGUAAAAAAAUUACCCAUGAUAUACAUAAUUGAAACCUUUAUACUACGGGUUUCGCUGCAGGAAAUAUAACAAAGUAGAUUUUAUUCUAUUUUUACAUAACAUGUGCUUUUUGUAUUACCAUUCUUCUGUUAUUGAAUAUGGGGGAAAAAAAAAGAAACGAUAAUAAUUAUUAACGAAACUACAAAUGGACGCCAAAGAUUUUAAUAUCUCCCAGUGUCAAUAUUCACGUAAUAGAUGUUACAUUUCAAUUUAUAGAUUAACAUUAAGAAACAGGAAAAACAAAAAAUCACCCAAUUACAGGCAGAACGUUGUAGUAUAUCGUUUGGUGUAAUCAGAAUUGAGUUUUUACACUACCGAAAGUACUGUUGAUACGAUGGCUGCGAUAACGGCCUUUCGUCCCACGUCUUUUCAUGCUUCUUAGUUACGAGAUUAAUCUUCGGGAUUAACUCUCAAUUAACGAUACGAUAGCAAUGAAACGUUACACUUAAGACGCGACCACCUUUUGAUACUUUUUAAUUACUUGUCUGAAAGUAUUUUCUAGCACAACGUAAAGUCUCAGUAGUUAGUCGCGUGUGUGUUGAGAGAGAGCGGCGAGUGGAAUGCGCGGGAACAUACGAUCGCGUUCGAUUAUCGAGAUAAUCGAAAUACGACAAUUGAGAGCAGUGAGUGAGUGGGAAUUUUAAAAUCAAUCAUUUCGUUUGAAAACAAAA